AAUACGGCAAUCCUCGACAGUCCACACGUCUCUCACCUGCGUUUCUGCUUUUGUUACCAAGAAAACCACGAACCUCAUCCUCAUGGACUCUCAUAAACCUCAAUUGCUUUACAGCAAUCAUCCAUCAAAAUCAACGCAAGGUACGUACUGUUAGGAGGAGAUCUAGGAUUGUAUGCAAGGAGGAUUUCUUGAGAAGGUAGAUCCAGCCAUGGAUGAUGAAGGUGACCCAUUUCCUCAGUUAGGGAGUGUGUACAAGAAAGGUUCUGGUUUCUAUGUUAAUCAGUUGAGUAAAAAUGUGGCAAGUAUGAAUCCAAAUUCUGCCCAAGAUGGGAAGGUUGCUGCAAAGGCUUGGCCUGCUCAGAACUCUGCAUCUAAUGCGUGGGGAUGUUCGAAAUUGGUACAGAAACUGGGGGUGCAAAGCAAUGCUUUGACAACCCAAAAUACUACUUUUAAGAAGUCUCUUGGCAGUGCAAAUGAAUUGCCUUUGCAACAGAACAAUUAUCCGAAACACAGACAGAAUUUGUCUCAAGUUGGUUCUGCUUGUUCCAGUGCCCGGGAAGAAAGUCGGGCCAAGGAUGAAUCUGUCUCGCACCAUCAAGUUUCUGGCACUGACAAUGAUGAUGUUGAUGGUUAUACGGUGUUUAGCGGUGACGAUGAUGACGAUGACGAUGACGAUGACGAUUUUCUCUUUGAUUCUGAUUUUGAUUUAGAUGCAAGUGAAAAUAGCUAUGAUGUGUUGAAGAAGAGCAAGUCGUUCAACGCAUUCUUUGAUGAUUUCGAUAAACUCACUGUUGAGGAGAUAAAUUCACGAGCAAGGAAGUGGCACUGCCCUGCUUGCAAAGGGGGCCCUGGUGCUAUUGAUUGGUAUCGAGGCAUCGAUCCCCUAGCAUAUCACGCAAAGACAAAAAAGACAAGAAGGGUUAAGCUUCAUCGCAUGUUUUCUGAAAUUUUGGAUGAGGAAAUGCGUAAGAAGGGAGGUUUAGUAACUCCAGUUGGUGAAGCCUUCGGCAGAUGGCAAGGACUUGAUGCGAGAGUUAAAGACUAUGAAAUAACCUGGCCUCCAAUGGUUUUGAUAAUGAACACGAGAUACGAGCAGGAGGAAAAUGGCAAGCAGUGGAUUGGCAUGGGAAAUCAAGAACUUCUGGACCAUUUCAACUCAUAUGCUGCAUUGAAGGCUCGCCACUCAUAUGGUCCACAAGGGCAUCGAGGAAUGAGUGUACUGAUUUUCGAGAGCUCUGCAGCGGGUUAUUUAGAAGCGUCUCGUCUUCAUAAGCAUUUUAUAGAUCAAGGAAGAGGCAGAGAUGCUUGGGAUGGUAACCGGGUUUCAUUCUGUACAGGUGGUAAGCGCCAGCUCUAUGGUUAUUUGGCUUUGAAGGAAGAUUUGGAUAUCUUCAAUCAGCAUUGCCAAGGUAAGAAUAAGCUCAAGUUUGAGACGGUGUCAUAUCAAGAGAUGGUUGGAAGCCGCAUAAAGCAGAUAAAUGAGGAUAGCCAGAUGCUUGUCACUUACAAGAACAGGUUUGCUGCAGAACAUAUGCAGUCACAAGCUCUCGCAGAGUCCCUGUGCAGAUUGAGUGAGAAACUGAAGAAGACUGUGCAAGAAAAUCGCAUUGUGAGAGAGAGAACUAAAUUGCUGCAUGAACAGACCAAGGAAGAGAUGGAUUCCCAAGAGAAAUUUUUCAAGGAUCAAAUCAAAGUUAUCCAUCAGGCUAUAGAUGCAAAAGAAGAUAACUUCGAGAAGUUACAGCAGACAAAGCUAGAGAAAGUUAAAGAGUUAAAUGCAGAUCCAUCUACCGAAGAGAAUGUGGACAGGGUGAAGGACAUCAACAGGUUCAUAAAAAUACAGGAUAAAGAGAUGGAAGAAUUCGAAGCACAGAGAAAGAAGCUGACAAGAAGGCAUGGAGACGAGAAGGCUGCACUUAUGAAGAUAUACUGGGAGGAACUCCUUGUGCUGGAAAAGAAGUUUGAGGAUGAACUAACCCUGCUUAUUGACAAGUAUACCCCAAAUCAGACGGUCAAAUUUUGAGCUGACGAGAGACGGUCAAGAAUAUAGCCAAAAAACAAUCUUAUACACAGGAUCGAUACAUACGAGAGCAACAAGAAAGACAUUCAUCUUGUCAUCAUUUUUACAAAACUUGCUUGAUGGAAAUGUAAAAGCACUUCAGCAACAUUCCCUUCAGUUUUUUGAUUUUAUGUUUCAAAAACACUUGAAAUUUUUUUCAUCUACUUCAAAUUAAUUAAUAUAUUUUUAAUGUUUUUAGAUUA